AUGGAUUCCCCGCGGAUACUCAAAACCCGCUCAAACAUCUACCAGAUUGCCAAAAGGAGUCAAUAUUCAAGGUCAACGUCGACUCGAUCAAGCAGAAGUAACUCUAAGUCUAAACCUAAGCCGCUCGAGAAUAUUGAGGCAGUAAACAAAUUGCAUUGCGAUGAUGCCUUAUUCUCACCAGCCUUUUCAGUUGAAAGUGCUUCAACCAACGAUUCGGAAUUCGAGGAUAGCGACGAGGAACUGGUGGAAGUUCCCUUUCAUCCUCAGUCGAAUAGCAAAAGUCUCGACUUCUAUAAUAACAAAGUGAAGGACUUGGCCAAGACUUAUAAGGAGAUCAUUGAUCGAAGGUUUCCCAUGGCAGCAGAACAAACACCCCUCUAUCUCUCUCGAUGCAAUCCAUCCUCAACUCUUUCCUCUACGGAGAACAAUCGACGUUCUCGAGAAGAUAUCAACAAUGCAAAUCUCUUGCUUCUUCUUAUGGUUGAAUGA